GUGAUACAUCAUCAACUUUACAAGACACCGAGGAUAUCAGAAUGGAAACAACACUCUACAUCUUGCUAACGAUCGCUCUGGUAUCCAGGCCAACCAUUUGCACCCCUGCACCCGAAGAGACUAACUCGGACGAGGGUCGAGAGCAGACUCAAAUUGAUCAGCUGUAUCAAAUCUACAAAGCUACUCAAAACAACAUCAUUCAGCUCAACACCGAGGUCAGCCUCAUCAACGAUCAGCUAGCAGAGUUGAGGGAGAAAUCAGCUUCCAAGUCAAAAGUUGAUGAUGAGCUAUCACAUUUGUCUUCAACAGUCAAAAGCAAUUUCCGACAACUACUAACCGAUUUUCAGCACUUGGAAAACGAGGUUGUGCUAAAUAAUUCUAGAAAGAUUGACGGAGUAUACAGCGAGGUGAAUGCAGUUACUGACAGACUUCAGUCUUCAGUGAGUUCUCUAAACACAGCAAAUGGGGCAACCACGACUCAAUUGAACAGCCUGCAGUCUUCAGUGAGCUCUCUAAACGCAGCCAAUGGAGCAACCACGACUCAGUUGAACAGCCUUCAGACUUCAGUGAACUCUCUGACCACUCGAGUUAACUCUCCAGUGAACCUCUACCAGAACUGCAUCCAGGAGACAGGAAGCUGCACUAACUAUGAACGUGGUUCUGUGUACUGGACCUACUGUAUAACACCAACCCUACCAGUGAACAAAUCCGGAUACUACACACUGAGCAUGGCGUGUAAGUAUGGCCCAAUACCACUCAAGUUGGAUACUAGCACUCUUCGUCAAAGAGAUGGGUCAAAUGUGGAAUGUCUCUGUGUGACUACACAUAUUGAUUCAUCAACAGGAUCACAUUUAUCAUACAACUUCUCUCAAUUUACCUGCACACUAGUCAUCACGAGGUGCCCCAUCUCACAGAACAUUGUUUGAACAGUUAUGAGACUAUUCAUUUACAAACGCUAGCAGCUUAAUCAGUUAUGGGUCAGUGAGUACUAGACCAAAGUAGUCAUUAUCAUUCACGUUACUAGACCUAAUUUAGUAGUCCCUUAUACUAUAGUACUGUUACGUUAGUUGCCAUCACCAUUAUCAUGUUCAGCUCAAUAGUAUUGAUUCAGUACUAAGUUAUUUUAUUCUUCAAACUUG